AUGUUGGCUAGGGUGGAGUGGAUUUGUGAGAAGCACUCCAUUCNAGCAGAAUUCGCUGCCACCAGCAAAUACAACAACUUAUCCUACUGGAAAGCGAGAAGAGUAAUUUUUUAUAAAAACGGCGACCCAUUCUUCCCGGGAGUCGAGUUUCGAUUUAAACCUGGUCGAGAUAUUUACAACUUAGAAACACUUUUGGAUAAGUUAUCGUUAAGAAUUGAUCUUCCACGCGGAGCUAGAUAUAUUUUUUCUAUGGACGGUGAUCGGAAGUUUCGAUUGGACGAAUUGGAGGAUGGAGCUUCCUAUGUUGUUUCAUCGUACAAAACUUUUAAG